AUGAGCCGUUUAUCUCUGUUGGUCUGGUGGCUGGCGGGUGUCGUCUUCGCAAACCAAAACAUAUCAGUCGUUUCGAAAAGAGAGGUGCUAUCGGAUUUAUCGGGUGGUUGGACCCGCAGUUACAAGUUUGGAGUGGGUAUUGCCAACAGCAUUCUUUACAUGGUGGGCUUGGACGGCGGUCUCAUCCCGGACGAUGGAGAUUCAGAUCACCAUUAUCUUGUCACACUUGAUCUGACAUCCUCAUUCUCGGUCAAUGACGGUUCAAAUUAUAAGAUGACUAUCGUGAACGAUACUGUGCCCGCUGUCAAAUACCAAGCCUUCUGGGCUAGUCAAGACAACUCGACCAUGUACAUGUAUGGUGGUUUGUUUGUAGGAAAUGUGUCUAAUGACAAUGGCAUUUGGACAUACACCCCAAACCAGAAGACAUGGCAGUCUCAGCAGGAGAGCAUCAUACCAACUAGACUAGUCAAUGGUGCCAAUACUAAUGCAGCUGCAAUCCAGGCUGCCUAUUGGGUAGGUGGUUACCAAGCAUCUGAUACAACAACUACAAUUACGGACUCCACAAUGAAUUAUGCAUCCGGGAUGAUCCAGUUGAACACCACCACUGGCAUAUAUACCUCUUUAGAAGCACCUUUUACCCCGGUUCAAGAUGGCUCGUUGAGUUAUAUUCCUGUCGGAGAGAUGGGCAUUUUGGUAUACAUUGGUGGAGAAGUUCCGUCAAUCCAAAGUGGAAUCAAUGCAACAUUGACUCCGAAUACAUGGGACUAUGUCCAAGUCUAUGAUAUUGCCACGGCUGAAUGGUAUAACCAGACUACUAGUGGCUCUGUGCCUUCGCGGACUCAGUAUUGCGCUUCUGUUCAGCAUGACGAAUCCUUAUCGACGUAUGAGAUCUUUGUUAUUAGUGGGGCCGACUUUGAGUCUGAGGAUGUGAUAACUGAUGUGUAUGAAUAUGUGACCUCUUACCUUUCCAUCCCAUCUUUCAAAUGGUACCAAGCCUCUCCCUUGGACCAAGGACGAAUGACAAUGGACUGUGCUACAUAUGGGACCCAGAUAUUUGCAGUCGGUGGGCGUAACGCGUGGUAUGUGGACAGCAGAGCUGGCACAUAUACCAUGCCGGCAUUCAUUUACGAUGCGGACUCUCAAUCUGUUCGAGACACCUUUGAUCCUACGAGAACUACGUAUGCGGUUUCUUCUUCAACAUACGACGAUAUCAAACUCUCUCCUUACCCUUCAAAAUGGGCCGCAAAAAGCCUCGAAGGCAUUUUCAAGACGAGCAGCACCAGCACAAGUUCUAGCCAGCCAAAAGUCUCAUCUUCAAAUUCAGCCUCUUCAAUCAAUACAGCAGUCAUUGUUGGCGGUGUCGUCGGCGGUGUCGUUGGUCUUGCUUUAAUCUUGGCGGCACUUUUCUACAUGUUCAAGAGAAGGAAGCAACACCAAAGAAAAAUAGACCUGGAUUCCAUGAAACGCAUGCCGGAGGUAAUUCAUCCCUCCAAAGGUGGGCAGAUAUCGGAGAUGGCAUCGAAUACCACAUUGGAGCUGGAACCAAAUACGAGAUUGGCCUGGGAGCUAGACCACCAGGCCCGGUAUGAGUUACCAGGAAAGUAA